UAGUUUCCGCCUAUCUAUAUUGUUUUGAGUAGUUUGUGAAGGCUAACGGUGUAAUGCCAUGCAUCACUUUUAGCCGCAAGUAAAUGACCACAGUUAUCCCUCAGUUGUGGGCUUAUGCAACUUCCACCACAUGUGAGCACACUUCACAUGACUUCUGAACCUUUUCUUUGUCAAACCUCAUCCCAUACAUUAGAACUACAUUAGACCUUGGAUAUCACUUUGAUGCGCCUGUCUGCAGUGCAGGAACAGUUUAAGUUUUUAAUAGUGGGUGACAGAACUGACUGCUUAUAGAGCAUGUGGUGCUCAGGGAAAGUCAAGCCAGAUAAACACACGGCACCGUGUCCAAUCCUGACCACAAAGGGAACAAUUUGUCACCGCCUCUCAAGGACUUCUAGUAACCAACAAUUUUCCUCCAAAUUCCAUUUAAGUGACGACAAUGUUGAGUGGAAUUCAUACAUACGUAUGUGUUUACACAUGCAAGCACCCAUGAGUGUGUCAGCACUUGUAUGAGAGAUGAGCUCCUGAUUUGACAGUUGACAUGCCAAAUGGAGGUGACUCAUUCAGUCCAGAGGGUUUUUUUCUCUUUUUUUUUGGCUGCCCACUUUCAGUGGUGUGGUGGAACAGUCAGAGUCUGAGACCUGGGGAUACCAGAUCCACUGAUGGAGGUAUGGGGCAGAAUUUCGCCGGUUCGCUGUGGAUCGGGUCAAGCCCGGCAAGUUUGAGGAGUUUUACAAGCUCAUUCUGCACGUUCACCGCAUCGCUAACAUGGAGAUGAUGAUUGGCUAUGCUGACAUCCAUGGUGACUUGCUGCCGAUCAACAACGAUGACAACUUCUGUAAGGCGGUGUCAACGGCUCAUCCACUGCUCAGGAUCAUCAUACAGAGACAAGAAGAGGUCGACUAUGCUAACUACGGCACCAACACGAUAACUCGUAAGAAGAAGGCAGUGGUCGCACUGCGCAAUAAUGACAUCAACCGCAAGCGGCCACACAUCCGCAUCGGCAUGCCGCAGGACUUCCGGCCCGUCUCUUCCAUCAUUGAUGUGGACAUCCUACCUGAAUCUCACCGCCGUGUCCGACUGUAUCGUCACGGCUCGGACAAACCCCUGGGCUUUUACAUCCGAGAUGGAACCAGCGUGCGCGUGACCCCACACGGGCUCGAGAAAGUCCCCGGCAUCUUCAUAUCUCGGAUGGUGCCUGGAGGGUUGGCGGAGAGCACCGGGCUGCUGGCGGUCAACGAUGAGGUGCUGGAGGUUAACGGCAUUGAAGUGACUGGGAAGUCCUUAGAUCAGGUAACGGAUAUGAUGAUCGCCAACAGCCACAACCUGAUUGUGACCGUCAAGCCGGUGAACCAGCGCAAUAAUGUGGUCCGCAGCAGUAGAAUCUCGGGGAGUUCAGGCCAGUCGUCUGACAGCAGCGGAUCGACUGGUUACCCGAGUUUGUCAGUGGCCUCUGUGGGGGUGAUGUCCUCUGGAGCGCAUGGUUACCAAGACGAUCUGGAGAGUGACGAGGAGACGGAUAUUGUCAUUGAGAGCAACAUCAAGCGGCCGUCUCUGAGGUCCAAUGCUUCCCUGGCGUCCAGUGCGUCUCGAACGCACCAACAGACACCAACAACCACUUCAGGCCCAGCGGCACCUCCAAGCCCGCCCACACGUCCUUCAUCGGUGGUCUCCACUGCCUCCUUCCACUCCCAGCCGAGCCUCAACGGAGGGUCCCACCACCACCACCACCACCACCACCACCACCAACACAGCAGCAGCCUCAGCUACCAGCUCCACAGAGACCUGAACCUUCAGCAGAACUCGCACCAGCAGUCCCAGCACCGUCAUCACCAAGUACAGCCUCCGCAUCACAGCAGCAACCCAGCCCUCCGCCACAGCAAUGGCAGCCUGCACAAAAUCCUCAGCUCUCUGAAAACAGACCCACGACACAGCCUCGCACUGCCCAGGGGAGGCGUGGAGGAGGACGGCACCGUCAUUACCCUAUAAUACUUAUAAACACACACACAGACAAAAACAUGAGCUUUAGUGUGUUUUGUCAGAUGCAAAUUUUGUGACUUUGGUUUGUUUUUACAAGAUCUUUAAUAAUUGGAAGUUACAAGCCAGGAAACAAGGAACAUGUAUUGUAUAUAUUUCCUGUAUUUUUUAAAGUUGUCUUUGUCUUGCAUCAAAAUAUUUGUACGUAUGUAUGUCGUAAGCAUCAGAACAAAUAACUGUUUAUAGGCGAGUCCACUGUAUCCUAGAAUUCUGAAUGUGCCUACAGCCUAAUAUCUUUUGUUAGUGACCACUUUUAUUAAGAUCCUUUUCAUUUUUAUUACUGGGACCAAUUUGGGGUUUUAUGGAUGUUUUUAAAGAGUAAAUCUAUAUUUCUUAUAUUCUGAUAAAUGCUGUUUUAGAGUAUGAUUUUUUUUUUUAAUAGUUCUUUUAUGCAUUGAUGAUUGUGCUCAAAUCCUUGUAUCUGUUCCAAUAAAUUAUUCUAAGUCUG